AUGCCAGAAAUGACAGAAAAUGAGACUCCUACAAAAAAGCAGCACAGAAAGAAAAAUCGGGAGACACAUAAUGCAGUGGAGAGGCAUAGGAAGAAGAAAAUCAAUGCUGGGAUUAACAGAAUAGGAGAACUGAUCCCAUGUUCCCCUGCACUGAAGCAGAGCAAGAAUAUGAUCCUGGACCAAGCUUUUAAAUAUAUAACAGAAUUGAAAAGGCAAAAUGAUGAAUUCCUGCUAAAUGGAGGAAAUAAUGAACAAGCUGAAGAAAUUAAAAAGCUACGUAAACAAUUGGAAGAAAUUCAAAAAGAAAAUGGCCGAUAUAUUGAAUUACUGAAAGCAAAUGACAUAUGCUUAUAUGAUGAUCCCACAAUCCACUGGAAAGGAAAUCUUAAAAACUCAAAGGUCUCUGUUGUUAUUCCCAGUGACCAGAUUCAGAAAAAUAUUAUUGUUUAUUCCAAUGGGAGUCAGCCUGGUGGCAACAACCAGGGAGCAGCUGUUCAGGGGAUAACCUUUAAUGUUGGCCAUAAUUUACAAAAGCAAACCGCCAAUGUGGUGCCAGUGCAGAGGACUUGCAAUCUUGUGACUCCUGUGUCUAUUUCUGGAGUUUACCCUUCUGAAAACAAGCCAUGGCAUCAGACCACAGUUUCUGCAUUGGCUGCCAACCAGCCUGUUCCUCUUUGUCUUCCGGCUACCAUUCCUGCUCAAAAUAUUCUCAAGCUUGCCACCUCCAAAAGCGAUUCACAUGUGCUUGGUGCCACCAGGGGCUCACUGGUUGCUGUUCCUGUAGGACCUGAACCUUGCCAACAUCGGUCCUUGCACCCAAGUCUAAAUGAUCAAAAUUCUUCUGAAAAUAAGAACGGGAAAGAGAAUCCGAAAUUAUUGAAGAAAAUAGUCCCUUGUGCCACAAGCGUCCCCUCCAGCUCCUCAGCAACUACCACUAAAGUGAACCCUGGAGGCAAGUCCUGCCCGAGCACACAGGAUUUGAGAAGUGAUUUUCAAACCACCUUUGUUGUUUCAGUUACCACCACAGUCUGCUCCCAGCCUCCCAGAUCUGCAGGUGAUUCUGAUCCAGUGAGCAUUAGCAAGGGUGCAGACUCCACAGGCGUUACCGCAGUGGUGGCCCCAUCUGUCCCUGAAGGAGGGAAGACCACCGCUCCUGUGAGCAGUCCUUCUGCAAAUCCUUUGGAUAAUGGUUGGACUCUUUCUUGUUCUUUGCCUUCUUCAGCUGUUAGUGCUUCAGAUUUGAAAAACAUUAAUAGCCUUACUCGAAUUUCCUCAUCUGGAAACACGCAGACAACGUGGACUACUUUGCAACUGGCAGGAAACACUAUUCAGCCCUUAAGCCAGACACCUUCUUCUGCUGUGACUCCAGUAUUAAAUGAGUCUGGUACUAGUCCCACCACAAUCAAGCACAGUAGACAUAUGGCUACAGGCAUUAACUUGAAUAAUUCCUUACCAGCAGAUGGGCAGCCAGUUGAGCAAGUAGUUGUAACCUUGCCUUCUUGUCCACCAUUACCUAUGCAGCCAGUUAUUGCCCAGCCGCAAGUUAAAUCUCAGACCCCCCCAAGUAUCCUCCCAUUGAAUUCAGCAAUGCAAGUGAUUCAGAUGGCUCAGCCAGUGGGGACAGCUGUUAAAGCAGCUCCAGCUAAUCAAAAUGUUAUCAUUCUUCAGCCACCCAGCACCACUCCAUGCCCAACAGUGAUGAGGGCAGAGGUUCCCAACCCAACUGUAGGUCAACAGAUAGUAAUCAUACAGGCAGCUAAUCAGAAUCCUUUGCCACUCCUCUCAGCUCAACCUCCUAGUUCUGUUCGACUCCCUGUCAAUGGAGCCAGUGCUAUAAUAGGAUCUAAUUCAGUGCAAAAUGUGUCGACCCCACAAACUUUUGGUGGAAAGCAUCUUGUCCACAUAUUACCAAGACCUUCAUCUUUAUCAACAUCUAAUUCAACACAAACUUUUUCUGUUACUAUGUCGAACCAACAACAGCCUCAAACCAUUUCUUUAAAUGGACAGCUCUUUGCUUUGCAGCCUGUGAUGUCUUCAUCAGGAACUACAAACCAAAACCCUAUGCAAAUUAUUCAACCCACCACCAGCGAAGAUCCAAAUACCAACGUUGCCCUGAAUACAUUCGGUGCUUUGGCCAGCCUCAAUCAAAGCAUAUCACAGAUGGCUGGGCAAAGCUGUGUACAAUUGUCUAUUAGCCAGCCUGCCAAUCCUCAAACUAUUGCAAAUAAUCAGACCACCCCAGCUAACAGUGCUUCAUUAACAGCAACAGUAGUAUCGCCCACAACAACAGAUACUUCAGCCACACUACCCAGCACGUAUAGUCUUGUGACUACUCCCUCAGUGAACACUGUAGCUUGUUUGCCUAACGUGAAGUCAAAAAGGUUGAAUAAGAAGCCAGGUGUCAAAAAACAGUUAGCAGCUAACAAGUCAGCAUGCCCCCUGAAUCCAGUCAGCGAUGUGGGCCAGGUGGACUGUCCCAGCACUGAAGGCUUAGCAGAGCUACCAUGUAAUGAUGGACUGCUGGAAAGUCCCCCUCUUGUGGUGCCAUCUGUCGCUGUGUCCCAGACAAAAAGUACUGUGAGUGUUUCUGGUUCACAUUCUUUGGAUGUUCCGAAUUCAGAAUCAGUGAUACCUGAGUCUGUACCCAAAUCUAAGUCAGCAGAAGGGUCUAACUCACCCUGCCAAGAAUCUGUAACAAGUGAGCAUUUUGCAGUGGCCCCAGCAAAAUCCAAAGAUUCUGUCCCCGUAGUGCAAGAGACAUCUCAGGAUAAGCCACCAAUUAGUUUGGCAUUGUCAGAUGCUCCCAAAUUUGGUACUUCAGCCAAUGUGUUGAUUCCAUCUCCAAAUGAUCCCCCUGUUUUGGUUUCUCAGGUUUCUGUUUCAUCAUCUACCACAAGCAUUACAAGUACUGAUUGCAUUUCUGAGGUAGAAAUCAUUGCUGAGCCUUGCGGAGUUGAGCAAGAUUCAUCAGAUAGAAUGCAAACUACAGGUCUCUUAAAGGAGCAAGGUUUAACUGCAUUGCUGUCUGGUCUUGCUAAAGAAAAAGACCCUCAGAAGUCAUCUCUUUCAGUCCAGGUGGACCAUCCUGACUUUUCUUCAGAAAGUUCUAAAAUAAUUGGUUCAAAUAUUGAUUUGCAUCCCAAACAGGAGCUGUUGCUGAUGAACAGUGAUGAUAGAGACCCAGGACAGCAUCAUUCCUGUAUCCCUGAUCAGGAGAUUAUUCAUGGCUCUUUGCUUACCAGUCGGCAGGCUGACUCUCCCAUGUCAACCAGCUCGGGUAGUAGUCGUAGUUUCUCAGUUGCAUCCAUGCUUCCUGAAACAACUAGAGAAGAUGUCACCAGCAAUGUAACAACUAAUACGUGUGACAGCUGUACCUUUGUAGAGCAAACUGAUAUAGUCGCUCUUGCAGCAAGAGCUAUUUUUGACCAGGAGAACCUUGAGAAAGGAAAAGCUGGUACCCAGGCUGAUACAAGGGAAGUUACUUCAAAGCCUUCUGAAGCAUCAUCUUUAGAGGGAGACCAGCCUUUCAAAACACAGGCCUCUAAAGAGAAUAGCCCAGGUCAGGCAGAAGCAACACCAAAUGAAUUUAAUUCUCAGGAUUCAAUUGAAGCAACUGUGGAUAGGCCCCUUGAAAAACCAAGUUGUUCGGUAGGGAUUAAAACAUCAAAUGCUUCUUUGCAGGUUUCGAAUUCUCAGCCACCAAGUAUAACCAGUUUAAGUGUGAAUAAUCUUGUCCAUCAGAGCAGCAUCAGCCACUCUCUCGUCAGCUGUGCUGGAUUGUCUCAGACUUCAGAGUCAACAACUGUUUCUGCUACAGUUAAUCUGACUGUUUCAUCUAGUUCCUAUGGCAGUCAGCCUCCUGGACCAUCUCUGAUGACUGAAUAUUCUCAAGAACAACUAAGCACUAUGACUGGUACUGUACCAACUUCACAGAUUCAAGAGCCACUCUUAAAGCCAAGUCAUGAAAGCCGUAAAGACUCCGCUAAACGUGCUGUCCAAGAUGACCUUCUACUGUCCUCAGCGAAACGUCAAAAGCAUUGUCAGCCAGCUCCCCUCAGGCUUGAAGGUAUGUCCCUGGUUAGCCGAACUCCAGAUAGCAUUUCUGAUCAUACUCAAAUGAUGGUUAGUCAGAUCCCUCCCAACUCUUCAAACUCGGUUGUGCCUAUUAGCAACCCAGCACAUGGAGAUGGCCUUACGCGAUUAUUUCCACCUAGUAACAACUUUGUGGCUCCUGCAUUGAGGCAAACUGAAGUUCAGUGCAGUUCUCAGCCUUCAGUUGCUGAGCAGCAGCAAACCCAGGCCAGUCAACAUCUGCAGGUCCUGCAACAGCAUAUUCCAGCUCAAGGGGUAUCUCACCUGCAUAGUAACCAUCUCUACUUAAAGCAGCAGCAGCAGCAGCAGCAGCAGCAGCAGCAAGCAGGGCAGUUAAGGGAAAGGCAUCACUUAUAUCAACUGCAGCAUCACGUACCUCAUGCAGAGAGCUCUCUCCACUCUCAGCCCCAUACUGUCCACCAACAGAGAACUCUGCAACAGGAAGUUCAUAUGCACAAAAAGAGGAAUCUUGUUCAGGGCACUCAGGCCUCCCAGCUUUCCUUACAACCUAAGCACCAUGGGACUGACCAAUCCCGAUCCAAGAGUGGUCAGCCACAUCCCCACCAUCAGCAAAUACAGCAACAAAUGCAGCAACACUUCGGAAGCUCCCAGUCGGAAAAGAGUUGUGAAAACCCUUCAACUAGCCGGAACCACCCUAACCAUCCCCAAAACCAUCUCAAUCAAGAUAUUAUGCACCAGCAACAGGAGGUUGGAGGCAGACAGCAAGGCUCAGGGGUUUCUUCUGAUCAUGUAACUGGGCAUAAUCCAAUGCAGAGGCUCUUGACAUCAAGAGGCAUAGAGCAGCAGAUGGUGUCCCAACCAAGUAUUGUGACUAGAACUUCAGACAUGACCUGUACCCCACACAGACCAGAGAGAAAUAGAGUUUCAAGUUAUUCUGCCGAGGCACUCAUUGGAAAGACAUCUUCUAAUUCAGAGCAGAGAAUGGGUAUAUCGAUUCAGGGUUCUAGAGUUUCAGAUCAGCUUGAAAUGAGAAGUUAUCUUGAUGUACCCAGAAAUAAGAGUUUGGGCCUUCAUAAUAUGCAGGGUCGUGUGGACCAUACUGUUGCCCCAGAUAUCCGGCUGUCUGACUGUCAGACAUUUAAACCAACUGGAGCCAUUCAACAGCCCCAGAGUAAUUUUGAAGUACAGUCUUCAAGAAAUAAUGAAAUAGGUAACUCUGUACCGUCAUUGAGGAGUAUGCAGCCUCAGGCUUUUCGAAUUAGUCAAAACCCUGGUCCACCACCAAUUGACCGCCAGAAGAGAUUACCUUAUCCACCAGUUCAUAGCAUCCCAGCAGGAAAUGCUAUCCCACCAAGGGACAGUGAAAACACAUGUCAUCAAAGUUUUAUGCAGAGCUUGCUUGCCCCUCACCUUGGUGAUCAGGUCAUUGGGAGCCAGAGAUCACUCUCGGAACAUCAGAGGAAUGCACAGUGUGGGCCAUCCCCUGCAGUUGAAUAUAAUUGUCCCCCAACUCAUGAAAGUGUCCAUAUUAGAAGAGAGAGUGAGAAUCAGAAUAGGGAAAGUUGUGAUAUGCCCCUAGGUGCGAUUAACACAAGGAACAGCACCUUGAAUAUUCCUUUUUCAAGUUCUUCUUCCUCAGGAGAUAUUCAAGGUCGAAACACAAGUCCCAAUGUUUCUGUGCAGAAGUCCAAUCCCAUGAGGAUCACUGACAGUCAUGGGACCAAGGGCCACAUGAAUCCUCCAGUCACAACCAACAUGCAUGGGGUUGCAAGGCCAGCUUUGCCACAUCCAUCUGUGUCUCAUGGAAAUUCUGAUCAAGGGCCUCCUGUACGUCAAACUAAUUCUUCAGUUCCCCAGCGAUCAAGGCAUCCCUUGCAAGACAGCAGUGGUUCCAAAAUUCGUCAACCUGAAAGGAAUCGUUCUGGAAAUCAAAGGCAUAGUAAUGUCUUUGAUCCGAAUCUUCCCCAUCUUCCUCUCUCUGCUAGUGGCAGUAUGAUUCUUGGACGCCAGCAACCCACUACAGAGAAGAGAGGAAGUAUUGUUCGUUUCAUGCCUGAUAGCCCUCAAGUACCUAAUGAUAAUUCAGCACCUGACCAGCAUACGCUAUCACAAAAUUUUGGUUUUCCUUUUAUUCCCGAGGGUGGCAUGAAUCCACCAAUAAAUGCUAAUACUUCUUUCAUUCCACAGGUUACUCAGCCUAGUGCCACUAGAACUCCAGCACUCAUCCCUGUAGAUCCCCAAAAUACUCUACCUUCCUUCUAUCCCUCGUACUCUCCUGCUCACCCUACACUGUCCAGUGAUAUUCCACUCUCUUAUUUUUCGAAUCAGAUGUUCUCAAAUCCCAGCACAGAGAAGGUAAACAGUGGGAGUUUAAAUAACCGAUUUGGAUCAAUUUUAUCUCCUCCAAGACCUGUUGGUUUUGCUCAACCAAGUUUUCCUCUUCUCCCUGAUAUGCCACCGAUGCACAUGCCCAACUCUCACUUAUCCAAUUUUAAUAUGACAUCUUUGUUUCCAGAAAUAGCUACAGCUCUUCCUGAUGGCUCAGCAAUGUCACCUUUGCUUACAAUCGCAAACUCCUCUGCCUCUGACACUUCCAAGCAGUCCUCAAACCGACCUGCCCACAACAUAAGCCAUAUUUUAGGUCAUGACUGUAGUUCAGCUGUUUAA